AUGGAUAGACCUAUCGAUGAAACUGUGAAAUCUUUAUUAAAAUUUGUUGUGAGAGGAUUUUAUGGUGGUUCAUAUGUUUUAGUCAUUGAUGCUAUCCUAUUUCAUUCUGUCUUAGCUGAAGAAGAUUUAAAACAGUUGUUAAGUAUUAAUAAAACUGAAUUAGGUCCAUUAAUUGCAAGAUUAAGAUCAGAUCGAUUAAUUUCAAUUCAUAAACAACGUGAAUAUCCACCAAAUAAUAAAAGUGUUGAAAGAAUCUAUUUUUAUAUUAAAUAUCCACACGCAAUCGAUGCAAUCAAAUGGAAAGUUCAUCAAUUAGUUCAACGAUUUAAAGAUGAUUUAGAUAAAAACUCUGCACCAAAUGGUUAUAUGUGUCCAAUUUGUUUAACAAAAUAUUCACAAUUAGAAGCUGUUCAAUUAUUGAAUUAUGAUAGAACAGAAUUCUUAUGUUCUUUAUGUGAUGAACCUUUAAUUGAAGAUGAUUCUGGUAAAAAAAAUAAAGAAAAACAAGAUAAAUUAAAUAAUUUAAUGGAUCAAAUUCAACCUUUAAUUGAUUAUUUGAAGAAAAUCGACGAUUCAAGAAUUGAAGAAAAUACUUUUGAAUUUGCUUUGGCAAAAUUAAUUCCACCACAAAAUCAAUCUCAUGCUGCUUAUACCUAUAAUCCAAAGAAAGGUAGUACAAUGUUUAGACCAGGCGAUGCUCCUUUGGCAAAUGUUAUGGGUACUGCUUUGGGUAAUGAUAGUUCGAGACGUGCAGGUGCUAACUCUCAAGCUACUCUACAUAUUAAUAUUACAACAGCUAAUGAUGAAAUUGCUCAAAGACAAUUACAAGAAAGACAAGCUGAAGAGAAAAGAAAACAAAAUGCUGUUCCAGAAUGGCAUAAACAAAGUACUAUUGGGAAAAGUGCAUUAGGUAGAUUGGAUGCAGAAGAUGAAUUUGAUCCACAAACUACUCAAAAUGCAGCUUUGUCAAUGAACGAAAAUACUAAUAAUAAUGAAACAAAUAAUGGAUUGCAAAGGAUGGAUGGUGGAUAUAAUGGAUAUAAUAAUAGUAACCGUCGUGGUCUAACAGAAUCAGAGAUGGAAGAAAGAGAAAAUGAAAGAACUUUGAAUGAUUAUUAUGCCCAAUUAGCUAAGAAGCAAGCACGUGAAGAAAAGAAUAAAGAAGAAGAAGAAGAAGAAGAUUUUGAGGAUGUGGAUGAAUUUGAAAUGGGUGAUGACGAUGAUGAUAAUGAUGAUCAGAAUAAGAAUGAAGAUCAGAAUAAUAACGAUGAUGAUGAAGAGGAAGAUAAUGGUGAAUUUGAAGAUGUAGUUCAAGAUGUUCCCCAACCGUCGAAAGCUGAAGAGACUAAUAAAGAAAGUGAUGACGAAGAUAUGGACAUUGAUCUUGAGUUUGAAGAUGUAUGA